AGAAAUAUCAAAGUGUGGCAGCCGCAGCCAAGUGUAGCAACAAACUCUGUUUAAAGAGAAGAAGCAGACCACAUGCAAUACCUAAACUGAACACAAUACAUUCACUUGUCAGUUUGUCACUUUCAACUCUCUCUCUGCACAAAUUCUUCUGUGGCUUCUGUUAUUAUUAACACAAAAACUUCCAUGGCCACCAUUUUUAACCAUAUUUCUGCAACAAUGUCAUCUACCAACUUCACUGAUAUUUCUUUUCUGGAACCUUCAGUUACCACUAGAAGAAAAAAAAUCCUCAAAAAUGGAAACUUUUCUGUUAGAUCGAUGGAUAUAACCCAGAAGAAUCCUCAAAGAUGGAGAUUUUAUUCAGCAAAUGGACCUUUAACAUCUGAGAAUCUAAGCACUUCUGUUGAGGUUCUGACCAGCAGCCAGAUACUGGGGCAGGAAAAAAUGAAUUCAAAUGGUCAAAGGAAAACAAAAAUAGUCUGUACAAUUGGUCCUUCUACAAGCUCCAGAGAAAUGAUAUGGAAGCUAGCUGAAGCUGGAAUGAAUGUGGCCCGUUUAAAUAUGUCACAUGGAGAUCAUAAGUCUCACCAGAAAACUAUUGAUCUGGUUAAAGAAUUCAAUGCUCUUUCUGAUGACAAGGUUAUUUCAAUUAUGCUUGACACCAAGGGUCCUGAGGUUAGAAGUGGCGAUGUGCCUCAACCAAUUACGCUGGAGGAGGGAGCAGAAUUUAAUUUCACCAUUAAAAGAGGAAUCAGCACAGAAGAUACUGUUAGCGUAAACUACGAUGACUUUGUGAAUGAUGUUGAAGUCGGGGACAUUCUGUUGGUGGAUGGUGGAAUGAUGUCAUUAGCUGUGAAGUCAAAGACAAAGGAUUCGGUUAAAUGUGUUGUAGUUGAUGGUGGAGAACUAAAAUCCAGGCGACAUCUAAAUGUGCGUGGAAAAAGCGCAAAUCUUCCUUCUAUUACAGAUAAAGACUGGGUAGAUAUCAAAUUUGGGGUGGACAAUCAAGUUGAUUUCUAUGCCGUCUCUUUUGUAAAGGAUGCGAAUGUAGUCCAUGAGUUGAAAGAUUAUCUCAAAAGCUGCAAUUCCGACAUUCAUGUGAUUGUAAAAAUAGAAAGUGCUGACUCCAUAAAAAAUCUUCAUUCUAUAAUUUCUGCAUCUGAUGGGGCAAUGGUUGCUCGUGGAGACCUUGGUGCUGAACUUCCUAUUGAGGAAGUACCAUUGUUGCAGGAAGAUAUCAUUAGAAGGUGUCACAAUAUGAAGAAACCAGUGAUUGUAGCCACAAACAUGCUGGAAAGCAUGAUUACUCAGCCUACACCGACAAGGGCUGAAGUUUCAGACAUAGCAAUUGCAGUACGUGAAGGUGCUGAUGCAGUCAUGCUUUCUGGAGAAACUGCCCAUGGAAAGUAUCCACUGAAAACUGUAAAGGUCAUGCAGACGGUGGCUCUAAGGACAGAGUCAAGCAUGCCCGUUAACACAACACCUCCAGCUCAAGGUGCCUAUAAGGGCCAUAUGGGUGAAAUGUUUGCUUUCCAUUCCACAAUUAUGGCAAACACUCUUAAUACACCCAUCAUUGUCUUCACAAGAACAGGAUCCAUGGCUAUACUUUUAAGCCAUUAUAGACCUGCAUCAACAAUAUUUGCCUUCACAAAUGAAGAGAGGAUUAAACAAAGACUUGCGCUUUAUCGGGGUGUCAUGCCAAUAUAUAUGAAAUUCUCUAGUGAUGCUGAGGAAACCUUCUCACGAGCACUUCAACUGUCACUGGAUAAGGGUCUCUUGUUUGAAGGCCAAGAUGUAAUUCUCGUCCAGAGUGGGGCUCAACCAAUAUGGCGUCGAGAAUCUACUCAUCACAUUCAAGUUCGCAAGGUCCAAGGCUGAUAUAGUACCGGUAUAGGAUUUUAUUAGGUAUAAAUCAUUUUGAAGUAGGAUAUAUUUGUACAAAAUGUUAUGUUUUUGAAGUAACUAGUGAUCUUUUCCAACUAUAGAUCACUUGAUUCUUUUACCGGAGAUGGGAAUAUCACACAGUUUUGCAAGAACUUGUUGUUGUCAACACAUACUGAAAUAUAUGUUUUUCAUUGCUCUUUGAAUCUUCCUUGAGCUGUACUUAAUGGGAUAUUUUGAUCCUAAAAAUAAAACUGGUUCCUGAAUGCAAUAUUAGUAUAUUACACA